AGCAGCUGCGAGCUUUCGCACAAGCACAGCCUUCGUGCUCGGCCACACUGCUUCAUGCACCACUGAUCUGCCAUGCUGCCCUUAGCUCCUCUUCUGCCCGCUCAGCCAGAAAAAGACAAGGUAACAUUUACAUGCUGCACAUACAAAUACAAUUCUGCCUCAAAUCUUCGUUUUUUUAACCUCUGGAGGGAUUGUGCCAAUUCCUACAAAUCUUUUGGAAUAGCUACAGCGAUUAUUCCGAUGUGUUUUAUAUACCGGUAAAUGUUGGACAAAACUUAAAUAUCAUGAACAGAAGUAGUAUUUUUUCCUCUUAUAUCAAGAGAAUUAAAGCAUAGUAUGCCUCGCAGUCUGAAAACAAUUCCUGGCUCAUAAAAAAGAGCAGAUAAAAAGGUUUUUGCUCCGAAGCAACAAACUCAUACUAAUUUCUUCACAAACGUUGUUUGACAGUCUCGCUUAGUUGAGCAAUUAUUCAAACAGAGAACAGCACAUUUUCAGUGUAAGCCUAAUAGACUUUGUUUUAUCCGCAAAAGACAAAAGGCUUCCAGAAAGAAAAGCAGCAAAGGAUGUUGCAUGCAUAUUUUAAUGUUUUUCUCCCUUUAGGAUGAAUUGUUUUAAUUAUGCUAAUCCCUGGACCCUCAGCCUUUCAAGCAGUGCCAUCAUGAGGUGAAGUAUUUUAGUAUUCCUCUGUUUUUGCCUGCAAGGCAACAGCAGAAAAUGUCAUUUCAACAGUAAACAUUUAAGGAAACAUAACAGUUCAAUUCGAAGCUUAUUUACAUCUUCAUAUCCACUGCAAUUAUUAUAACUCAAAGCUUUUAGUCAUCAAAAAACUCACUUUUGUUAUACAGCUCUUGGAACACUUGAUUUUGAAAUUACAGCUCCUCUAAUCAAACACCUCCAAGGAAGUUGGUUGAUAAUGAAGUUAAAACAAAUUGUGACAGAAACAAUUUUCAAUCAACAAAAUAUUUUUAUGUUUGAAAAAUAAGCUAAGAAGAAAAUGAAGCUGUUUGAGUUUCCGACAAUUAGCUCAAGGCAGCAUUUGCAAGAUGAAUUUGAAUCAGCAGCUUUGCAUACACAGAUCUUGUUUAUUCAGUUCACAAAGUCUCCCUACAUCUAGCCCUCUUUCUCAUCUUUCUGUUGCUGCAAAUGUAAGGUACUAAUGAAAGAAAAAUAAAUUGCAGAGCCCAUGUCACACGUCUUUACCUCUUACUCCCAGUGUUAAUGGACUGAUUUCUUUGCUCUCUGCAGAAGAGUCAUUAUAGAUGAGGACUGAUAUCGGGAGUGUCCAAUUUACUGUCAGAAUGCUCAGUCUGCUUUGCUUCUCUGUUGAAGAGAAAAUACGGAGUAAAAUUCAAUGUGACUGGCUCUGUUUCUCCCACUAGUUGGUUGGAAAUUGAAAAAAGGACUUGCAAAAAUGACAGAAACUAUUUUUCUUAAUUCCUUGUUGUUCCUGUAUGGUUGGAUAGAAAAACAAUAUAUUUGUUCAAAACCAAAUGAGCUGCACAACCUGUUCCCCACCAGGUUUUCACCUUCACCAGGGGAUACCUGGCCGCUAAGCUGGUGGUCCUUGAUUCUCAGUUGGUGGACAGAUGAAGAAGCCUCCUGCUGUGCUGCGAUAGGUGAACCCUUCAGCACAGUUUACAGACAAAUCGCUGGUUCUCAGCUCUAAACAGCUGCCCACAAGAAUCCCUGCUGGGAUGCAGGGAUUUGCAACGUGCCUUUCCUGCAAUGUUUCUCUCUCAUCUCUGUGUCUCAACUCAAUAGAAUGACCUCAACGCAACUACUGAAAGAGAAAAAUGUUUGGCAGUCGGUUGCCUCCUGCAGGGAUGACCUGCCCACCAGGGAGGGGUAACCCAAGGUGAACUGUUCCCCAAAUUUGGAGAGCAGAAAUGGGCUGAACACAAACUCAAAGACAUCAUGUGACUGGAGGCCGGUGUCCCAGUAAGGCUACUAUUACCGGGAAGACCGUGGUGAUAACAGGAGCAAACACAGGAAUCGGGAAGGAAACAGCAAGAGAGCUGGCAAAGAGAGGGGGAAGGAUUUUGAUGGGGUGCCGUGACAUGGAGAAAUGCGAAACUGCAGCAAAAGAAAUUCGAGGGGCAACCCUGAACCCUCAUGUUUAUGCGUGUCACCUGGACCUGGCCUCCAUAAAGUCCAUCCGAGAAUUUGCUGAAAGAGUCAAUAAAGAGGAGAAGCGUGUAGAUGUGCUGAUCAACAAUGCAGGAGUCAUGAGGUGUCCCGCAUGGAAAACAGAAGACGGCUUUGACAUGCAGUUUGGAGUUAACCACCUAGGCCACUUCUUGUUGACGAAUCUCCUGCUGGAGAAGUUGAAAGAGCCCGCCCCCAGCAGAGUGAUCAACUUGUCCUCCCUCGCCCACAUUAUUGGAAACAUUGACUUUGAGGACCUAAACUGGGAGAAGAAGACGUUUGAUACCAAGCAGGCGUACUGUCAGAGCAAGCUUGCCAAUGUUCUGUUCACCAGAGAACUUGCCAAGCGGUUACAAGGGACAGGAGUCACCGUGAAUGCUGUACAUCCAGGAGUUGUUGCUACGGAGCUCGGGAGGCACACCGGUCUGCACCAAUCCCAGUUCUCAAGCUUUAUGCUCGGUCCAUUUUUCUCUCUGCUGGUGAAGAGCCCUGCGUUGGGGGCCCAGCCCUCAGUUUUCCUUGCUGUGUCUGAGGAGAUGGAAGGAGUGACAGGACGAUACUACGAUGUGAUGACUGAAAAAGAACCAGCAGCGCAGGCUCUUGAUGACGAGGUAGCCUGCAGACUGUGGGAGGUCAGCAGCAGGCUGGUGGGUCUGCAGGAAAACGGACAGCAUGGCUCUUUAAAGAAAGAAGGAGUUUCAGAACCGUAGCAGAAACCCUUACAGAGUCCAGAACUGGGUCGCAGUCCUCCAUGAACUCAUUUCUCGACUUAAGCUUGUGUGGCAGAAAGAAUGAGGCAUGAUGGACGUUGUGUCUUUAACUUUAUGUUCUUGAAUCAGGACAUUCUUUUUCUCCAGAACUUUGACUUCAUCAAUCAUUCAUAGAGCUCAGCUUGUCUUGUGAAAACACUGUCUUCUCAGGGAUCUUCAUCAGAAUCUGUAAAACACUGAUUCCUCUUUGUCUCUGUGCUUGUUCUGUUGUUACACAACAUUAACCUAUAAAUAAAAUGUACAGAGUGUGGGAAGGGGCUAAGAAAACCACCUCCUCAUACAGUAAAUUAGAAAAAAAAUAGCAUCAAAAUAUCUUUCAGUUUCUGGGAAAAUUAAAGCAUCCAUGCAAUGAAGCUUUCUGCUGUAUUUUUCCUUACAAAUUGGUACAAUGUGGACAGCUGACUUCAUCAGAAACCACUAAUUUAAAGCGUAGUUCAUCUUCAUUCGCUCUUUGUGGAUGAAUUUAAGCUUAUUUUAUAUGAAGGUGCUGGUGUGAUUUUGUUUAAAAAAACAUGCCCACCAAUAAAAAAUACUUAUAAAAAAAUGGAUUGUAUGCUGUAGAAGUGUAGCACAAAAAGCUGACAGCCGCUUCAUCAAGGGGGGUGGAUUCGUAUGAAACGGAUUCUCAGUCUUUCAAAGACUGAAAUGUGCACUCUUUAACCAUUCAAAUUUUACUUUUCAAUUAUGUUCAGAACAAUUACUACCAUCAAAAAUUACAUGUAAAAGUUUUUUUGAGGAAUGUUUUUACUAUCAAUAAAAAUAUAUUUCUCUUUUUGUCAUGCUAACUGCAGUUGUGUGAUACCACCUUCACGUUUCAAUAUGGUAGCUUAUGAGAUUUUUGGUUUUGCACAGUGCCCUCAGGGCUUCUUGUUAUUGCUCCAGUAAAAGCUUUAUUUGUCUGGUCA